GCUAAAAGAAUACAAAGCUUUAAAGUCUCUUUAACCUAACCCUAGUACAUUCUCAUUAUUCCAAAGCUCAUAAACCAAUCCCCAAAGAGUUGUUGAAAAGAGAGUAACAAACAUGGAGCUCAAAUGGUCAAUAUUGAUCAAGCUUCUGAUAGUGCAAUAUCUAUCAGUUCUUUGUGUUUCCCAGGAUUUUGAUUUCUUUUACUUUGUUCAACAGUGGCCAGGAGCAUACUGUGACACAAAGCACACUUGCUGCUACCCUAAGACUGGAAAGCCUGCAGCAGAUUUUGGCAUUCAUGGACUCUGGCCUAAUUACAAGGAUGGAUCGUACCCUUCAAACUGUGAUCCAGACAGUGUCUUUGAUAAAUCUCAGCUCUCAGAAAUCAUGAGCAGUCUGCAAAAGGAUUGGCCAUCACUUAGCUGCCCAAGUAGCAAUGGCUAUAGGUUCUGGUCACAUGAAUGGGAAAAGCAUGGGACUUGCUCAGAGUCUGAACUUGACCAGCGUGAGUACUUUGAAGCAGCUCUCAAACUGAAGGAGAAAGUAAACCUCUUACAAAUCCUUAAGAAAGCAGAAAUUGUACCAGAUGAUGGAUUUUACAGCCUAGACAGCGUUUUAGAAGCCAUAAAAGAGGCCGUAGGUUUCACCCCUGGGAUAGAGUGCAAUAAUGAUUCAGCUGGUCACAGCCAAAUUUACCAAAUUUUCUUGUGUGUGGACACUUCUGGAUCUGAAAUAAUUGAGUGCCCUGUCCUUCCAAAGGGCAGAUGUGCUUCAAAUGUCCAGUUUGCUAAGUUCUAGAGAUUAGAACUAGAGAUUGUGGUCGAGGAGAAGGUAUUUUGUGCAUCCGGUAUAUGCAUCAUCUCUCUCACAACAUGUGAGUUCCACAAUUUUAAGUUGUCCACAUGAUGUUAAAGAAAUCAUGCAUAUGCCAGAUGUAUGAGAUAAUUAUUGUUGGCUAAGUUAUCUGAGAAAUAACUCUCCUCAAAACAUUUACUUAUUAUCAUAGCUGUUUAAUUGAAAAGAACUUGACGAUCAAGUUACUUUAUGUAAUAAAUUAAUUUUCACAUAA